AUGAAAUCAUUCUUCUUUUCAAACGAAGAGCAUUAUUUUUUGGAUAAUGUAAAUGUAUGGAGAGACACUACUGCUCGUGAGAAAAACAAACGAAAAGUCGCAGCGUAUGAAAACGCUCGACUAAAAAGUAGGUUAGCAAAACAACAGGAAGUGGCCAAGAAAUUGGAGAAGAUUCUGCUCACACGGGCUCAGGAACAGAUCGCUGAAUGCUCGACAACGCUACAGCGUCGGGUUGACGAAAUGACACAGCAGGACGUUCAAAUGCGGGAAGGUGUGGAUGGAAUGUAUUAUGAAGUGUUUUCAAAUAAGAAUCUCGAUACGCCGAAUACAAUCAUCGAGUACUUCUCAGAGGAACUGGUCGCCGGUAAUUCGAGCACUGACGUAUGCAUCAAGCAGGUUGUACGUCGAUACGUGGAAGCUGAACGUGACAUUGUCGUCUGGGUGGCAUCAAUUGUACCUCUUGAUAUCGCACAAGAACUCUUCGGCGGUUUCACUUCCCGUCACCGAAGCUACGCUAUAAUCAAGCGAGCCAAAGCUUCAACACCUCAAUGCCAACUACCUUUGCUUCAGCUUAUUUCACAGAUCAUGCUGGACACGCAGACAGGUAUUGUUUCCGACCCCAAAUACGUCCGAGCACUCACCGAUUGUCUGCUGAAUGAUGCUGCACGAAACAUAAAGGCCGACCAACAGCUAAUUGAGAAUGUUCUUAUGGACCAAGUGCUACGGCCAUGA